AUGGAGUUUUGUAGGAUUAAUGAAUUGAACAAAAGGAUCCAAGAGCUUUAUCAUGCUAUGCUUGCAGUGGUUCCGCUUGAAGGGAUUGGAGAGCAUCCGUUUGAUUACUUCAAGGGAGAGGUUGGGCGGAUAAUUGAUUCUGUAGAUGUGGUUCUUAAGGAGAUGGUCAAUAAAAAGUUAGAAUUGCAAAAAGAAAUUGAUGGAAUGGUGAAGGAGAUGAUGAGGGACUGUACAGACAUUGAGGUGUCUGUUCCCUCUAUCCCUAAUCUAUGCAACCUGUAUGUUCUCAAAGAAUAUGUGAGGAAUGAAGCAGAGGGUAUAAUGAUACUAAAGAAGGCAGUGGAGGGACGGAUGGCAGCGAUUAUAGAAGAGAUGGAGCUGGAGGCCUCCAAUGUUGGGAUGAAAAAAAUUGACUGGAUGGAUAUGGAGUGUGCUGGAGAUAAGAAGGGUGUCUCACUAAUGAAUCUUCGGGAGCUUGAAAUGCAUCGGGAUGUUUUGAGGAACAAAAGAGAGAGCAUGGAGAGAAAUAGGGAUAGGUUGUACAGAGAGCUUUGCGUGUUUCUAUCACAGUUGUCCAGAAGUGAUCCCGAAGUGACUAUAGAUCAGAAGAUCUUUAUUCUUGAAAGACUUCAUAGAAGAUACAAGGAAGAAGUUGAAAAAAGGGACAAAGAGUUUAGAGGACUUGAGAUGGAGAUAAGAAGAAGAGAAGGGUAUCUCGGGAUCGCAUGCAAGGAUAUUGAAAUGGAUUUGAGCGAGGCAAAUUUAGAGAUGAUGAGGGACUACGAAAGGUAUCUUCUGGAAGAACAGGAAAGACAACUUGAUGAGAUAUACGAGAAGAAAAAAGGCUUGCUCAAGGAGCUUCUGGAAGUUUUUGGAGAAGAUAUGGAGGAUUACAAGAGGACUGAAAAGGACAUUGAAGAGAUGUCAAAGAUGAUUGAAAAGCUAGAAUCCAAGAAGGAUCUCUUCCUGUCGAUAAGCUCACUGAUGGAGAAAAGGUCUGAGCUUAUUAGCAAGAUGAAUGAAUUUGAGAAGAUAGCGUCGGAUCCAAAGAGGUUGUUUAGGUCGUCUUUGCAGCUCUUGAGUGAGGAGAAGUUCAGGAACAGCGCAUAUCCAAAUCUAAUAAGGAUUGAGGAGACGAUGUUCAAGCUUCUGGACGAAUAUGAAAAUAGGUUUGGAAAGUUGUUUAAGGAUGGAGUAGACUUCAAGGGAUCGCUAAGAGAAGAGAUAGAAAAUAGAAUUGUAAACAAAACCGUGUUUAUCAACAGGUUGGAUUCGCCUUCCAGAAAGAGGAGAUAG